GCCGAGCGGAGCCGUUAGCGCCGCGCCGCCGCCGCCCGCCCGCCCCGGAGCAGCCCCGGGCCCGCCCGCCCGAGUCCAGAUUUUUAAAAAAAAUACAAUGUCUAAUGGUUAUGAAGACCACAUGGCCGAAGACUGCAGGGAUGAUAUCGGGAGAACGAAUUUAAUUGUCAACUACCUCCCUCAGAACAUGACCCAGGAUGAGUUACGGAGUCUGUUCAGCAGCAUCGGUGAAGUCGAAUCUGCAAAACUCAUUCGGGAUAAAGUAGCAGGGCACAGCUUGGGCUAUGGCUUUGUGAACUACGUGACUGCCAAGGACGCGGAGAGAGCGAUCAACACGCUGAAUGGCCUGCGGCUCCAGUCAAAAACCAUUAAGGUGUCGUAUGCCCGCCCGAGCUCAGAGGUCAUCAAAGACGCCAACCUGUACAUCAGUAGCCUCCCAAGGACCAUGACCCAAAAGGAUGUGGAGGAUAUGUUCUCUCGGUUCAGGCGAAUCAUCAACUCCCGGGUCCUUGUGGAUCAGACCACAGGUUCCUCCGAGCCCAUUACAGUGAAGUUUGCAGCCAACCCCAACCAGAACAAAAACAUGGCGCUGCUCUCCCAGCUCUACCACUCGCCGGCCAGACGGUUCGGAGGCCCCGUUCACCACCAGGCGCAGAGAUUCAGGUUCUCCCCUAUGGGUGUAGAUCACAUGAGUGGGCUUUCUGGUGUCAGUGUCCCGAGCAACGCGUCUUCGGGCUGGUGCAUCUUCAUCUACAACCUCGGGCAGGACGCCGACGAGGGGAUCCUCUGGCAGAUGUUUGGCCCCUUUGGGGCGGUCACCAAUGUGAAAGUGAUCCGCGACUUCAACACCAACAAGUGCAAAGGCUUUGGCUUUGUGACCAUGACAAACUAUGAAGAAGCCGCCAUGGCCAUAGCAAGUCUGAACGGCUACCGCCUGGGGGACAAAAUCUUACAGGUUUCCUUCAAAACCAACAAGUCCCACAAAUAACUCGCUCAUGCUUUUUUUUUUUGUACGGAAUAGAGAAUUAAGAGUGAAGAAGUGGAAACUUUUUUGUUAGUGUACAACUCAUUUUGCGCCAAUUUUCACAAGUGUUUGUCCUAGUCUAAAUGAGAAGUGAAGAGGUUUUUAUACUCGGGGAUGCAACCGACAUGUUCAAAUGUUUGAAAUCCCACAAUGUUAGACCAAUUUAAGUUUCUUAAGUUAUUUCCUUAAAAAUAUAUAUUAAACAGAAAUCUAAGUAGACUGCAUUGACUCACCAGUCCCUCGGGACGGUGGUGAACCUGAAGCAUGCUUUACCCUCUAAGACUGUCUAACACUCAUUUCAUUCGGUGUCUCCACAAACUGGAUUUAAAAAAAACAAAAACAAAAACAAAAACAAAAACAAAAAACCAGAAAAAGGAAAAAAAAAAAAAACCAAAAAAAAAAAAGACCUGACCUUUUAGUUCUAGUUUCCAGACUAAAGAUGUUAGACAGAUGCUGAGUGUGUGCUUUCCUCAGCCGCUUCACCAUUUUUAAGCGAUUUCUGCUUUUGGUUGACGGGAAAUUGCUUUCCCGAGCAGGUGCCAUCGCCACCUCCUGCUCCCUCAGCCCCGGGCCCUGCAGGGGUGCCCGCCGGGGGCAGGGGGGGGGGCCGCCGCUGGGGAAGGGGGGCCGCACGUUGGGCCCUCCACGGAAGGACUCGAACAGGUCUCCUAAAGCCCAGGCGCCAGUGGGAACGGACCAAAGAGUUUCCGGGAAACUCCAGUAUAUUCCCCAGUCAGACCUAGCUCCCGGCACGCCCGAGGAUGUGUUGCUACCCUGACAUCCCGCAUUUCUGUCCACACACGGCAUGCACGGUGCCCCGCACAUCGGACACCGGCGUUCCCCAUCCUUUCGCCAGUCCCCCAGAGCAUUUCACACGGCGCAGGUGCGGAAGACCGCUCCAUAUUUUACGACCCCAGAAACAUUUGAGCAUUGUAUUUCUCGCAUCCCUUCUCGUGAGCGCUAGACUUUGUUUUGUUUUGUUUUCUCUUUUAGUCGGAUUUUGUUUUGAAACUUUGCUUUCGUAUGAACACUCAGCAGAAAAGUACUCACUUCUUGCCAGUUAUCUAUUAACAACAACGAGAGAAAUACCCCUUUGAUUUGUAGUUUUAAAGAUUAACCCUCCCAAGUUCUCUUCAUAACUGCCUUGACAUUUUGGGUUGUUCUGUUCUGUUAAUUUUCUUUUGCUUUUUUGUGUUUUUUGUUUGUUUUUACUUUUGCAUUUAAGACCAUUAAAUUUGAUUUUGUUUUGCUCGAAAAAAAAAAUAAA